UUGAGAUGGUUGUAUAUGAUCAAAGCGGAUAAAAAUGCAUAAAACAGUAGGAGACAUGAACCUAGUUUGCAACAGUUAUACUUCAAUGUUCACCGGUAUUCACAGUAUUGACUGCUUGUGACUCGGCGGGAAAGUUGAACGUUGGGUCUCAUCGAUAUGCAAAUAAUUCAGAUCAUUAGCUUAUCAUGGGAAGAAUGGUUUUUGUUGCUGGAGGGCUUAUUCCUGCAAGAUUUCUUACACUUAUUUCUCAUCUCACAAUUGUCAUUGUAAUCCUCUGGUCGAGAGAUGAAAAUGUAAAAGCCUGCUUACCAUUAGAAUAUACAGCUGAGGAUUACUCAAAAAAGGAUGUUGAGGUGCAGACUGGGUUAGGAAUAGCCAUCAUGUUUAUUGGCAUUGAAUUGCUGACAUUUCUAAUGGGCAUAACAAUGUUCUUGCCAUCUGUAGCAAUGAUUUCUAUUGCUUCUCAUUCCAGUGCCUCUGUCCUCCUUGCAUACUUUGUGUUUGAUGAGUGGGACUGCAACCUGUAUUGGUGGGUGUUUGCAUUUUGCAGUGUCCCUCCAGCCAUCAUAGAUGCCACUGCAGCCAUUGGAAUCCUUGUCCUUAAAAAGAGCUGAAUAAGAAGAUGCCUGUGGCAAGAAUUUCCUGCACUUGGGCCCACAUUGGUCAUGCCUGCCGGAUCUCGUCAGUAAUGCCGUCUCUCACGAAGCUACCAGUGCUGCCUAUUUGAAUCGAAAUAGCAGCUUCUUGCUAAUAAGAACACUAAUCUUAUGUUGAAUUGUAUAAUUAGGUUGAGCACUUAAGCACUAUGUUUUGCAUUUUAGUGCUUCAUACUCAUCUGUCUACAUUAUAGCUCUUAAACUGAACUGUGGAUCAAGUUCAUUACUCAGAAAAUACUUUGUUGCUUUAUGUAUGUGUGAUCUGGGCUUUCAAAUUACGUUGAUGGCUCUUGUUACAUGUUACACCAGGGAGUAUUCAUUUCAUACCGCCAUAAGAACAAAGACCUUACUGUCCAUAAAUGUUAAACCAGCCCGUUUUAUAUCAAUUUAUAUAUAUAGUACAUUGAUAUUGUAAACUAAGUGCAAAAUUUUUGGAGUUUUAUCAGCAUUACUAUUCAUAGUGGCAUUACACAGUGUAAUAAAGAGUACUGAUCAGAGAAGAACAAUUUAUACAAAAUCAAGCCAAAUAUGUGCAUAUGCGGAUGACCGCCAUAAUAGCUAGAUCCAGAGAAAAGAUAAUCAAGAUACAUAAGAAAAUGGAAGAAAAAUCAGGGAAGAUAGGAUUAGAAGUAAACAAAAGAAAAACGAAAUAUAUGAUUAUGUCAACAUCAGAAAGCAGAAGGAAACCACAAGAUUUAAAGAUAGAAGGGAAAUUAUUUACAGGAGUGAGUAGUUUUAAAUAUUUAGGAAA